GGGGAACGCUGUUUCCGAGUUACUAGCGUGAGGGGAGUAAGUUAUAUGGACAUUUCUGCUCUAGAGAACUUGCGAGUUACAGACGCGAAAUAAUUACAUGUGUUCAUAUUGUGAUCUUGUACCAUUUAAAAUUGGCAUUACCUUCUAUGGAUUACUACUUAGAUAAAAUAUAGAGAAAAGAAAAUUAUACGCAAAAGAAAUGGACAAGUCGAUAUCGCAAAACUUAAGAACUACAUUCAUUGAACAACACCAGUUUUGUACGCAUGUGCAAUGAACUGUGGUUCUUGAAAACGUGGAGUUUUACCUUUGUUAAAUAUUCUCCGUGCUCGUACGUUAGUUUUUGAUACAGGUUGUCUAAUGAAAACAAAAAAUACACCAUAUAUCUGUUAUUAAAUGUUUAAAAAGUUAGAGCAAAAAUGGACGUUCAUGAAGACGAUGAUAUUAUGGACAUUGAUGAAGAAGGUGGAUUAAAAGUAGAUGAUGACAUAUUCAUACCACCACCUAUUAAAAUCUUUCACGAAAUUGAUAUAAAUGGUCCUAGACUUAUGAUUACAAAAAUUGUUAAUGUAAAUUUUAAAAGUUAUGGUGGAACUCAGGUUAUUGGUCCUUUUCAUAAGUGUUUUUCAGCAAUUGUUGGUCCAAAUGGCAGUGGUAAAAGCAAUGUUAUAGACUCAAUGUUAUUUGUAUUUGGAUACAGAGCUAAUAAAAUUCGGUCAAAGAAGUUAUCAGUUUUAAUACAUAAUUCCAGUCAGCAUCAGAAUAUUAAUAGCUGUACUGUGUCUGUACAUUUUCAACAAAUUGUUGAUAAAGCUGGAGCAGAGUACAAUGUUGUUCCUGGCAGUGAAUUUAGUAUAUCCCGAACAGCGUUUAAGGAUAAUUCUUCAUAUUAUGAACAUAAUAAAAAGAAAGUGCAAUUCAAAGAGAUUUCAAAACUUUUAAGGUCGUAUGGUGUGGAUUUAGAUCACAACCGUUUUUUAAUCUUGCAAGGAGAAGUUGAGCAAAUAGCUAUGAUGAAACCUAAGGCACAAAAUGAAAAUGAUACUGGCAUGCUUGAAUUUUUGGAAGAUAUAAUUGGAACAGUUCGUUAUAAAGAACCAUUGGAAAAAUUAUCAGAAAAAGUGGAAAUUCUAUCAGAAUAUAGAGUUGAGAAGUUAAAUCGUUUGAGAAUUAUUGAGAAAGAAAAAGCAGCUUUAGAGGAACCUAUGCAAGAAGCAGUUCAAUAUUUACAAACAGAAAACGUAAUAACGAAGAUACAACAUCAGCUUUACCAUUAUAAGAGAUUUGAUACAACGAAAGAAUUAGCGCAACAAGAAAGUAAAGUUAAUGAAUUAGAUAAAGAUAUUUUGGAACUUAUAAAUAAAAUGAAAGAAAUUCAGGAAGAAAAAGAUAAACAGUCGAAAAUAAUUAGUGAAAAAAAUAAGAAAUGGGAUAAUUUGCAAUCAAAAAAAGAUGAAAUCACAACUCAAUUUGAUAAUAUUCGCAAAAAAGAUGAAUCACUUCAUGCAGAACUAGUAGAGACUAAUAAACGUCGGAAAGCAAACAUUGCAACAUUAAAAUCAGAAAAAUCUAAAUUAGAAGAUCUCAGUAAAGUACCUGAGAAAAGUAUGAAAAGUAUUCAGGAAUGUGAAGAGCUUAUUCAAAGUCACAUAAAAAAAAGAGAACACGAAGAAGUGUUAUUGGAAAAAUUAAUGGUUGGACUACGUGAGAAAACAGAUCCAUUGUUAAAGAAACGUUCUAAACUUGAAAAGGAAUUAAUAUCUUUAAGAAAAAAUGUUGAUCAAGCUCAAGCAGCUUUCAAUAUUGCUCAAUCCGAAUUAAAAUUAUACACUUCCACAGAAUCGAUAGAGAGAGAAAAACUAGAAAAGUUACAAAAUUCUUUAAAAUCCACAGUGGAUACUUUAGCGGAGAAAGAGCAAUAUCUACAAAGUCUCAAUGUAAAAAUUCCAAAUAGUCAACAGAAUUUGAUACAAGUACAACAAGCAUUGGAGGAAAUAAAACACAAGGAGACUAAAGAGAUUGCAAAGUUGAAACAAAUGAGAGUUUCGUUUGAAGAACAAAAGUCUGCUAUGCAAGCAAGUAAGUCAAGAAACAAAAUUAUAGACAGUUUAAUGCGAGAGAAAACAGAAGGAAGAAUCACUGGUAUAUAUGGCAGAUUGGGUGACCUUGGUGCCAUAGAUGGAAAAUAUGAUGUUGCAAUCUCAACAGCCUGUGGUCCGUUGGACAAUAUUGUUGUUGAUACAGUGUCAACAGCACAGGCAUGCAUAACAUUUCUACGGACAAAUGAUAUAGGACGUGCUACAUUCAUACCUCUAGAAAAGCAGCAACGAUUCGUAGAACGAUGUAAACAAAAGAUACAAACACCUGAAAAUGUCCCAAGGCUGUUCGAUCUUAUACAUGUUGAAGAUCAGAGAGUAUUGCCUGCAUUUUAUUAUGGAUUACAAGAUACAUUAGUAGCAAAUGAUUUAGAUCAAGCAACACGCAUUGCAUAUGGUCAUAAACGUUUCAGAGUUGUUACAUUAAAAGGUGAAUUAAUUGAAUUGUCGGGUACAAUGAGUGGCGGUGGAAGAACAGCGUUCAAGGGUAGAAUGGGACAAAAGGUUUUAAACAAUGAAUUUUCCAAUAUUGAUAUUGAAAAAUUACAAAAAGAUUUGGAUAAAACGCAGGAACAAUGCUCUAAACUUCGGGCUGAAUAUCAAUCUUUGGAAAACCAGGUACAUAAUUUAGAUAUAGAUAUAAAACACAUGACAGUUGAAAAAGAGAAAUUACAUAUUCAAAUUCAAACCUUGCGAGAACAAGAACCAUCGUUACGAACGCAAUUGAAAAUUCAAGAAGAAAAAGUUACAGAAUCAAUUGCGAAUCCAAAAAAAGUAGAGCAGUUAAAGAAAGGAGUGGAUGUCGCUGAAAAAUCCUUAGAGGAAGUCAAAGAAACUUCAAAAUCAAUUGAAGAUGAAGUACUGCGUAUUAAUAAAGAAAUAGACGAAAUAUCAGGAAGUCGUGUAAAAGAUAAACAAAAGAUUAUAACUAAUUUUGGCAAAUCAAUUGAAAAAGCUAAAGCAGAAAUUUGUAGAUUGCAGGUUGCAAUGAAAACAUCUGAAAGAAAUUUGAAAAAAGUCGAACAACGAAUAAGUAACCUCGAGAAUGAUGUACAUAUAUGUGAGCAAAGACUUCGUGAUACUCAAAAAGAAAAGCAAGAAUUAGAAGAACAAGCAAAAAAAUACUUAGAGGAACUGAAUGAACUUACAGAAGCUCUUUUGGAGAAAGACCAACAUAUGUCAUCUUUUAAAGAAGAAUUGAAUGCUUUACAAGCACGAGAGAAUAAAAUGAAAGCCAUUAAAAUUGAUUUGGAUCAGAAAAUGAAAGACUGUAAAAGUGGAAUAAAAGAAUUAAAACAACAAAUUCCAGAUUAUACGCGAAGAAUUGCUCAAUUAAAGCUUCAAGUCAUUCCCGGUGAAGAUUUAGAAGAAUUAAAUGAAUUAACCGAAGAACAACUUAACGAGUUAGAUGAAAAAACUCUUUUAAACAAUUUACAAAAAGCUAAGAAAAAAUUACCGACUGAAAUUCCAAAUAUGCAACUUAUUGAAGAAUAUAAAAUAAAAGAUGCAUUAUAUUUGCAACGUGCAGCGGAUUUAGAAAAAAUAACUGUGGAGCGCAAUAAGAUGCGUGAUAUUUAUGAAACGGCAAGACGUCGUAGAAUUCAAGAAUUUCUUACUGGAUUUACUAUAAUUACGGAUAAGCUAAAAGAAAUGUAUCAAAUGAUAACACUGGGUGGUGAUGCUGAAUUAGAAUUGGUUGAUUCUUUGGAUCCUUUCAGUGAAGGAAUUGCUUUCAGUGUAAGACCACCUAAGAAAUCAUGGAAAAAUAUAUGUAAUCUUAGCGGAGGUGAAAAGACUUUAAGCUCUCUAGCCCUUGUAUUUGCAUUGCAUCACUACAAACCUACUCCCCUCUAUUUUAUGGAUGAAAUUGACGCUGCUUUAGAUUUUAAAAAUGUAUCUAUUGUUGCAAAUUACAUUAAAGAAAGAACAAAAAAUGCACAAUUUAUAAUUAUUUCAUUGAGAUCAAAUAUGUUUGAAUUGGCGGACUAUCUGGUUGGAAUAUAUAAAACAUACAAUAUUACAAAAAGUGUUACUGUUGAUUUAAGCAAGUAUUAUGAAAAAAAUAACAUUGCACCUCCAACGCAAAUUACUUCAAAGAAUAUUUAUUCCAGUCAAACACAAAAAUUCGCUCUACAAAGUCAAUCUAAGGAAAAAUGUGCAACACAGAUUGGGAAUAAUGUUCAAACUGCAAACAAAAGUCAAGAAAUAAAUGGAAAUACACUUAGUUCACUUGAAUUAACAUUAUGUCCAACACCGGAAAAGAAAAUUGUGAGAGAUCAACCUAGUACAAGUAGCAGUGUAAACACGGAUAUCGAGGGAUCCGGUAGAAAAUCGCAGAAAAAGAAACGUAGGAUAUAAAAAGUGACAUAAGCAAUGUUUUCUAUAAAUCUAAAAUGAUAUUUAAAUAUAGAAAAACACGAUUGUGUAUAAAAGAGUAAAUAUUUUUAAUCAUUUCUUAUGAAAUACAGUAAAAUAAACAAUAUUUUUAUAUAAAAUCGACU